AUGCCGGCGCAGGAAACCCAGCCAGUGCAGACAACCCAGCCGGCGCCAACACAGACGAUGCGAGUGCACACGAAGCCAGUUUGGGCAGUCGCAUUGUUCAAAGACGGUCGACAGGUUGUCACUGCUUCCGAGGACAAAACCCUGCGAAUCUGGGACGUGGAGAAAAGAGCAUUGGUGGCAGGGCCAUUCAAGGGACACAGUAGCUGUGUGCUUUCAGUCGCUGUAUCGCCAAACGAUAGGCGAAUUGCAAGUGGUGGGAGAGAUAGAACCAUCAUCAUCUGGGACGUCGAUACCAAGCAGAUGGUAUUCAAACCACUGGUGAAGCAUACAGACUGGGUCAUGUCAGUUCGUUUCUCCCCCGAUGGAAAGAGACUCGCAAGCGGGUCAUAUGGUGAAAGAGUUAUUAUAUGGGAUGCGGAGACCGGCGCUGUCCUCUUGACACUCAGGGUUGGGAGUGUGGUGUCCAGUGUCGCCUUCAGCCCAGAUGGACUAAAAUUAGCAUCGGGAUCAUCGCGUAGAAUCCGGGUCUGGAGCACCGAUAAUGCCGAGCUUCUUCUCGACAUCGACGCUCACAACAAUUCGGUCGAGAGCAUUGUAUGGUCGCCCGACGGCCAGCAACUUGUCUCUGCAUCACAUGACAAAACAGCCAAGUUUUGGAACUCGUCGAAUGGGACCCAGAUUGGUCAACCUUGCACUGGUCACACUGACUUCAUUUGGUCACUUGCUAUUUCUUCUGAUGGCUCCUUCAUUGCAACCGCUUCGGACGACAACACUGUGCGAUUGUGGAGUACAAAGUCACACCAGCAGAUAGGUCAUGCAUUCCAACACACCACACCGGUUUUCUGCGCCUCAAUCUCUCCUAGCGGGGAACUGCUAGUGAGUGGAGAUAAUGAUGGGAAUCUUCAGCUCUGGUCCGUCGAGAGCACAGUUUCCGCAGCAUUCCGCAUAGAUGCCCCACAUGAUUCCUACUUUGCGCACCGCAGUGAAGUGAAGUUGGGCCAAAAACUGUAUGCGGAGGCCCUUUCGGACGCGAACAAGGUCAUUGAGCUCAACCCUUCGUCUUAUCUCGGAUACAAAUUGAAGCAUGCAGCGCUUCGUGGAGCACAGCGUUAUGAUGAUGCAUUCGAGGCUUUCACAGUUAUGCUCUCUAAGUUGGAUGAUUCACCCGACCCACGUAUACGACAGCUACGCCAGAAAUACGUUAGUCUAUCUGAAGUGGAAGAUGCUAUCCGACGAGCCAUUCACGCCCAACAGGAAAAUGCUCCACUUCGUCUCAUCAACACCUCUACUGGACGUUUGUGCAAUCGAGAUGCUCAGAUCAACGCAUUCACAGAGAGUACAGAGUAUAAAGAGCUUUUCCCUUCAUUAGUGAUGCAUUCGCCGCUCCAAACAGAGCUUAUCAAAGAAGUGGUCGUCGAGUACUUCAGUUGGGUCAUGCUAUCCCAUAGGUGGGGAACCACGGAGCUGGGGCUGCACGACAUUCAGGACAAGGUCAUAUACGAGUUGGAUCCGGUCGGAACCACGGUGAAGUUGCAGAAGUUCUGCAAAGUUGCUCGCAGAGCGGGGUAUCACUGGGCAUGGAGCGAUACCUGCUGCAUCGACCAGAAUAACAACGUCGAGCUCCAAGAAUCAGUCAAUUCCAUGUUCAUCUGGUAUCAUCACUCAGCGCUCACUAUCGUCUACCUAUCAGAUGUCCCGCCUUCGUCCAAGUCAGGCGCGCUCGCAAACAGUAUUUGGACCACGCGAGGAUGGACCGUUCAGGAAUUCCUCGCUCCUAAAAUUGUUCUCUUCUACCAAGCAGAUUGGACUCUAUAUCUCGACAGACGCUCACGCAACCACAAGGAGUCUGUCAGUAUCAUGGGGGAGUUGGAGCAUUCAACUGGCAUAAAUGCGCGGGCGCUUGUUGACUUCCAUCCAGGGACAGGAGAUGCUCGAGAGAAACUUCGAUGGGCGUCAAACCGUGAUACCACUAGGGAGGAAGAUAUCGCGUAUUCACUGUUUGGGAUCUUCGGCGUCCACCUUCCUGUAAUCUACGGAGAAAAAAGACAGAAUGCGCUCGGACGACUCUUACAGGAGAUCAUAGCUCAUUCGGGCGACAUCACGUCCCUUGAUUGGGUUGGACAAUCGUCCAAUUUCAACAGUUGUCUCCCAGCCGAGAUUUCCUCAUACAAGGCUCUACCAUGCAUGUUGCGAUCUCUGUCCGAAGACGAGAUGCAGAUAUCGGUCUCCAUGCUGCGAAACAAUAAUGUGACUGUGGAGUCGGCUUUGAAACUGUAUGCCACUCUUAAGAACCUCGGCGUUCCUCGUUUCGCAAACGCUAGACUGCAACUGCCCUGCAUUGCAUUUCCUCUCACAGAAAUCAGGCGGAGUCCUGGUGGAGACGAGAACAAAUGUUCCACAUAUGAAGUCAAGGCAGACGGGCUACAAGACCUGCUGGUCACAACGGAAGACAAACUUGUUCAAUUCUCGCCUGCAAAACGUACUCGGCAGACAUUCCUGCUCGUCCGUCCGUGGAAUCGGUAUGAUCUCGAGUUGGUUGACUAUACAGACGAGUCGCAGAGCGUGGAUGAUUGGCAUGAUGAACCUGGAGAUGACGAACUGAUCACCAGAGGGUUGAGAUUACUCGUUUGCCUUACUCGUCCUUCUGGGGCGCUUUUGCUAGCGCAACAGCGUGGUGGGGAGUAUAAGAGAAUCGCUUCGGAUAACACUAUCAUCGCACAAGUCAGGGACACGGCAUCUGUUGAUAAUAUGAUGGACAUCCGGACGCUGGAGAUAUUGUAG